GGUUUCGUUGGACUGAAGAACAAGACCCCGCUAUUCUAAGGGCGUACAAUGCCAGAGUUUCAAACUGGCUUCGUCCCACUUUUAAGUGUGCCCGAGCGAGUGGGGUAAGGCCUCAAUGGUGUUCGGAUGAGGUAUGGGAAAACCUCGUCCGCCAUUGGUCUUCGGAUCCGACUUUCUUGGCUAGAAGCGAAGCCGACAAGAAAAAUCGGAUGUCCGAGAAGGCAUUGACGAUAUAAUGGCACGGAGGCCGCAAACCUCAGAGUAAACAUAAAGAAGCUCUUGCGGGGCCUCAAAAGAAGAGGGUUUCUAUCCUCAAGGUCAUCAAACAUUGUUGGACUCCGCACGGUGAUGAGUUGGAAGCCGAUCUGCCACCCCGCCUUGCUGAAAUCGAAACGAAGUAUAACGCAAAUGUUGAGAAGAAGCGGGCGGAACUAGGCUUGACGCAGGAAGAUGACAUCGAUUCUGAUGUGGAAGAUGAUGCGAUCCUUGAGGCAACUGGGGUGUACAAGGGUCGGCUUCCGUGCCUCGGGGCUGAGGGAAAACGUAUUUUGUACGAUCGCAGCGGCAACGGAGCUUCAUCAUCUUCUCGAUCUAGGCGGGGAGAGGAUCCACGCAUCGCCCAAUUGCAGCGAGAAUUGGAGCAGCAGCAGCGGGCAUUCGAACAGCAACGGAAGAAUGAUGAAGAAACAAGGACCCGGUUGGAAGCAAUGGAACGGAUCGUUGCCGGAUAUCAGCCUCCGCCUCAGCCUCUUCCUCGGCCGUACCUGUUGCACGUUGAGCAGACUCCUCAGGUUCCGCACAUGGGUCAUAUGGGUUAUCACUCUAACUCGGGAUAUGGUGCCAUGCCUGCAAUGGGGUCGACAUUUGGAUCUCUGUCGUCUGAUAUUCUCAAUCAGUUUCAGUCAUCCGGUGGAGGCAGCCGAGGAGGCAGCCGAGGAAGCAACCGAGGAGGCAACCAAGGAGGCAGCCGAGGCAGCCGAGGAGGUACCCGACCCUUAGACACCGUGGAUGCUGAAGAGGAUCAUCAUCGUGAUUAUGAUGAUAAUGAUGAUGCAUAUGAUUAUGAUGAUUCUAAUUUUUAUCAUAAUGGAGUCCGACGUGCGGGCAUGUAAUAUUGUUUAACAUUGUAUGGAUUUUGUUUUUAUAAUUCA